UGUUCGGAGUUAGUAGUUACAGACGACACAUAUCACAUAUGGCCGGUUUCAACAUCUUGAGUUAAAGUGCGAGUAACUGGUUAAUAGUGUCAUAGUAUAUACUAUAUACCAAAUACUUGAUAGUCGACACUUGACAUAAGAAAUUAAGACACUUGAGUGUUUGAAUCUAAAAGUUCGAAGUUUGAACUAUGAAGUUACUUCAAUCUCUUUUCGAUGCCUCGAUGGUUAGAAUGCUGACUAGUGACUUGGUGGAUCACAGAUGCGUAUUAUAAUGGAAUUUAAAAUAUAUUUUAGUAAUUAUUAUUAGUAGUUGUAAUUUAAAGUUUUUAGUUAAAUUUAUUAACGCUUAACAAAAUUUAAAUAUAUUGAAAUGGAAAAUGAAUUAGAAAAUAUACUCAAUACCAGCUUAACAAAAUUGAAUGUAAAUAUAAAUGAAGGCUGUAUUAAUAAUGCUUCAGUUUAUCAAACAGAAGAACAUAAAUUAUUAUUUGUUAAAGAAAACUCAAAACCAGGGUCAGAUAAGAUGUUCAAUGGUGAAUUAGAAGGCCUUAAAGCAAUAUGUAGUACAAAUACAAUUUUAGUGAUUUUUGAUCCAGCUACAUUUUAUGGACAUCACGAAUAUGAUAUUGCUUCUAUUUCAUUAUUUGGAGGUAUUUCUAAAGAAUUUUUUGAAGCAUAUUUUGAAAAAAUACCAAAAUCUAAUGGAUUUGAAAAUAGAAAGCUAUUAUAUCAUUUGUUUCAUUAUUUAAAUCAUUGGAAUCAUUUUGGAGGAAGUUAUGUUGACUUAACAAUAAACACAUUUGAAUCAUUGCUUAAUGCUUAUUCAUAG